AUGGUCGCGAACAUGGCCAUCCAUGCAGAUUUACUCACCAUAAAAACUGUAAGUGAAAAUAUAAUUUGUGAAAAUCCUUUUUCGGCUUUUUCUCUGCAAUUAUAUUUCUGCUGCUUGCCUGCUUCUGCCGCGAAAUUUUCUGAAUCUCCGAGUGGAUUUGGAUUGAUUGGGGCGUCAUUUGAAGAAUUGGGAGAAAGGGGUAGUUCAUGUGAACAAUUGAACAUGGAGUACCCUUUUUUGAGUGAAGAGAAGGAUACUGGAUAUUGGUCUUCACCAAGGGGUCAGUUGGAGGGUAUGGAUAUGACAUAUAUGGAGAAUGGCAUACAGGGCUCGACUUUGGAUGGUUCAUUUAGUAACAUUGCAGAGCUCAUGAAUGUUGACUUGAACGGCGGAUGGUGCAGCAGCCCCAAUAAUGUGUCAGAUCACCUGUUUCCCUCUUUUGCCAUGUCGCCUCACAGUUCGAUGGUGUCAAAUUUUUUACCCUUUGAUGGAUUGAACUUCGCAGAGCAGUCUAGUCCUGGGGUUCCCAUGGAAGACAGUGACAUUAUGGGAAGUUUGUCUAGCAUUGGAGAUACAAUGAUUUUUAGGCACAUGAAUAACCAAUUACAUAUUCCGAUGGAUUCUGUUAAUGAUGGGGUUGAUGUGAUCCAGAGGAGAAGCAAUAGCUCUGGCCAGCAGAAUGCGGUUGCUGAAAUAGCACAAACUACAAUCCCUAGACUUCCUUCACAAUCCUUGGCUGAGAAAAUGCUCAAAGCAUUAUAUCUAUUCAAAGAAUUGUCUGGAGGGGGUAUUUUGGCACAAGUUUGGGUUCCAAUAAAGAAUAGGGAUGUGUACACCUUAAGCACCUGUGAGCAACCUUAUUUACUUGACCAGACACUUUCUGGAUAUCGUGAAGUGUCUAGGCUUUUUACUUUCGCAACAGAAUCAGGACCAGGUUCUUUCCCAGGACUUCCUGGCCGUGUCUUUACCUCGAAGAUGCCAGAGUGGACAUCCAAUGUUGUAUACUACAAAAAAGAAGAGUACUUGAGAAUAAAACAUGCAGUUGAUCAUGAAGUCCGUGGAUCUGUUGCCUUACCUGUCUUCGAGGACGAUUCACUUGAAAAUUCAUGUUGUGCGGUGCUAGAAGUGGUCACCGUGGAGGAGAAACCCAAUUUUGAUUCAGAGAUGGAAAAUGUUUGCCGUGCCCUCCAGGCGGUGAAUUUAAGGAGCACUGUACCUCAACUUCAGUGCCAGUCUCUCUCAAAGAAUCAAAGGGCAGCUUUAGCUGAGAUAACUGAUGUUUUACGAGCUGUUUGCCAUGCACACAGACUGCCUCUUGCUCUAACAUGGAUUCCCUGUAGUUACAGAGAGGGGACGGAUGAUGAAACGAUAAGAGUACAAGUUAGAGGAUGCAAUCCGAGUUCUCACAAAAAAUGUAUACUAUGCAUUGCGAGUACAGCCUGUUAUGUGAAUGACAGCACUAUGCAGGGAUUUGUGCAUGCAUGUAGGGAACAUUAUCUUCAGGAGGGACAAGGUAUUGCUGGGAAAGCUCUGCAAUCCAAUCACCCCUUUUUUUACCAUGAUGUAAAGGAAUACCACAUCAGUGAGUAUCCACUUGUUCAUCAUGCCCGGAAAUUCGGCCUAAAUGCUGCUGUUGCUAUUAGGUUAAGAAGUACAUAUACUGGUGACGAUGACUUUAUACUAGAAUUAUUUCUCCCUGUCAAUAUGAAAGGGAGUACUGAACAGCAGCUCUUGCUAAAUAAUCUUUCCAGUACAAUGCAAAGGAUCUCCAGGAGUUUGAGAACAGUGGCAGAUGCAGAAUUACUUGGGCUAGAAUCUAAGGUUGGGCUACAGAAUAAUGAAGUCCAAAACUUGCCACUGAGAACAUUAUCCGGGAGGAGCUCCAAUUUAAACUCUGGUGAUCAAGUACCCCAGGAUGUAUCAGAUUCAAAGACUACUGGAAUGGAUGCUGAUGGUCCUCUUGACCAGACAAUGGCUGGAUCAAGGAGGCGGAUGGAGAAGAAGCGAAGCACAGCUGAGAAGCAUGUCAGUUUAGGUGUUCUUCAGCAAUAUUUUUCUGGUAGCCUGAAGGAUGCAGCCAAAAGCAUUGGUGUGUGUCCAACUACUCUCAAACGGAUAUGUAGACAACAUGGCAUCUCAAGAUGGCCAUCCCGCAAGAUAAACAAAGUGAAUCGUUCUUUGAGGAAAAUACAGAGCGUCCUCGACUCUGUUCAGGGAGUGGAAGGUGGACUGAAGUAUGAUCCAGACACUGGGAAGCUCGUGGCAGCGAGCUCUAUCCAAGAUUUUGACCAACAAAAAAGUGUGCUCUUCCACAGUAGAAGUCAAUCUGUCAGAAAUCCUGAUUCGAUUAUCCAGGGUGCGAUCCCAGCCCCUCCAUCUUGCACUGAUGUUGAGAGUGAAAUUGUGAAAAUGGAAGAAGAGUGUUCUGUGGACAGAUAUAAAGUGCCAAGGUCAAAUGUGCUCUGUCCAAACUCUUUCACAGGAGAACGUAGAAUAAAUGUGCUUGUGCCAGAAAGCUGCGAUGUAUCCAAAUUGGCUGCACUAGAUACUGGGUCGUCCCAGCCUGCUAGUCUUAAAACCAUGCCUUGGAUGUCUUUUGGGAAGUUUCCACCAGAUCCUUUCCUUACAGGAGAAGGAUGCAAUCAAUGGGAGCUAAACAAUAGCAUGAAGCAAGAGGCUUCCGAGUAUCACUUCUCUUCUCGAAGCUCAAUCUCCAUUGCUGCUGGUGAUGCUAUGAACACUACGUUUAAAGGUGAUGUUGGGGUGGACGGUGAUGCAGUUUUUGAACAUAACCAGCCCACUUCCUCCGGAAUGACAGACUCAUCCAGUGGACCUGGCUCAACAAUGAAAGGCAGUUCAUCAAGCUCGAGAAGUUGUGGUGAAAGGAAGCAUUCUCAGACAGAGGCAAGCUGUGGAGAAAGUGUGGCAAAAAUUACAGUCAAAGCUACUUAUAAAGGAAAUACAGUCCGGUUCAAAUUCGAGCCUUCUGCUGGAUGUCUUCAACUAUAUGAAGAAAUAGCAAAGAGGUUCAAACUAAAUACAGGGCAGUUCCAGAUCAAGUAUCUUGAUGAUGAAGAGGAAUGGGUGUUGUUGGAGGCAGCAAUUAUUUCAUGGCAGGAGGCUCUUGAUCUGCUAUACUCAGCUUCGAUGGCAUUAAUGAUUUGUCACGGUCGGUUCUAG